AUGCAAGAUCCCGCCGCCGCACGAAAGUCGCACGCUAGGCUGCUUAGCUCAGCGCGCGACGCGUCUCCAACCCAGCAGCACCGUACAAAGAAGCCUCACCACUCUGAUCUACAUCCUAUCUACUACAAAAACCUCGAGUAUAGCAGGACACGGCCAACACCCAUGACUGACUCGGUCGAGGACGUCCAGAUGGACACUCAGGAAAUUGAGCUUGAAACUCCGGCGUCAGACGUGUUCAGUGCGCCCUCCGUACACAGGCCUGACGUGCUGGCUGGCAAAUCCUACUCCCAUUUUUCGCCCAUCCCCUCGCAGAUUGCAGACGACAUGGCGAAAGAAGUUGUUCUGGGUGUCGAUGAAGCCGGUCGUGGCCCGGUGUUGGGUAUGCGGCCUGCUCUUUCAUUGUAUUCGUCGCUCACAGCUGCAGGUCCGAUGGUCUACGCACUACUCUACCUGCCUCUUGAGCUGCAGCAGAGCCUUUUAGCUGAAACACACCACUUCGACGAUUCCAAAGUCCUGACUCCGGAGGUGCGCUCUAACUUGAUGCGGAAACUUUGCACGCGGGAAACAGAUCUCCACGCGGCAUGUGGCUGGGCAACCCGCAUCAUGUCCGCCCGUGACAUCUCCGCGAGCAUGCUUGCACCCUCGCAGUACAAUCUCAACGCCCAAGCAAUGGACGCAACAAUAGCGCUAAUCAAAGAGGUCAUGGCCAUGGGAGUCAAUGUCAAGGAGAUAUACAUAGAUACCAUUGGCAGACCCGAAGUGUACCAAAAGAAGCUUGAGAGGAUAUGGCCCACAGUGCAGAUCACAGUAGCAAAAAAGGCCGACAGUCUGUAUCCCGUUGUGAGCGCCGCUUCGGUGUGCGCCAAAGUUACCCGAGAUGCAGCGCUCGACACGUGCUACGAACCCUACCAGAAUGCCGCGGGCAACGAUUCUGUCAACGAGACGUCCAACGAUAAAGGUGUCGUCGUAUGGGGAUCCGGCUAUCCAUCUGAUGUCCGCACCACCACGUGGCUGAAGCAGAAUAUGGAUCCCGUAUUCGGUUGGGGCAACGAGUGCCGGUUUUCGUGGGGCACAGCCAAAGAAUUGCUAGAAGGCAAGACUGCAGAUGUAAAAGUAGACUGGCCUGUAGACGACGACGGAAAUGGCGACAUGCGCAUGACGGAUUUCUUUGCUUCGAGGGACGAGGCUGGGGGAGACGAGCUCGUUGAUUGGUUUGGUAAGCGAGUUACGGAGGAAAUGGAAGUCUUCUAG